UCACCCUUGAACGGUUUGAACACGAUUGCGCGGUACCGUGUUAUAAACUCUGCUUGUCCGCUCCCGCUGAGCACCAUGCCCUUUCCGAUGUCAAGGAUCGAUACCACCGCAAUGAUGUAUCCGUAUUGCCCAGAACAUGUUCCCUCAACGUCGGAAUAAAGCUUGGACUCCAGAAAAUUCAGCAUGCGCGGCCCAAAGUAAGAUGGGUGCAAGAGAAUAGUAUGGGUGAGUUCUUUCUGGAACAGAGACUUGUUUGAAGUGAACGAGUGACAUUUUUCAUGAGACGAACGAUGAAGAACAUCUUUUCGAGGGCCUAAGUGAAAGUAGUACUGGUGGUCUUUGGUCGAGCGGGAAUUCACACGGUAUGUGACUAGUGUCACAAACGCGAACACACUUUCUCGACCUUUCUUCGUCAUGGGCAAGCGGGGAGGCAUUUCUGGACUCGCCCGGUUUCUCACAGCGGAACAUCCAGAACAAACAAGCAUCAAAGAUACAGACCUCGAAGUGCCGCCCGCAAAAAAAAGAAAAACAGGUCCCGACACUGCGACCCAGAUCACAUUAACGCCUACGCAUGAGACUUCGGAUUGGGUGCAAAGUUACGAUGCUUCUGGGCUAGUUCCUCACUAUGUACACUCGUCUGAAGUUCCUGAUCAUCUACAAAAAUAUUUCGCUCAGCGCACGCGAUACUUCUCACUGUACGAGGACGGAUGCCUUCUUGACGAAGAGGGCUGGUACAGCGUCACACCUGAACGCGUCGCCGACCACAUCGCAGAACGAUGUCGCUGCGGUACUAUCCUGGACGCGUUUUGUGGUGUUGGAGGGAACGCGAUCGCCUUUGCCAAAACGUGUGAGCGAGUCAUUGCCAUGGAUGUGUCCCCAACACGGCUGGCACUAGCUCGGCACAACGCCCAGAUAUAUGGGGUGGCAGACAGGAUCGAAUUCAUCCUGGGGGACUACGUGUCUUUCGCCGAGGCGCAUCUUUCCACUUCUGCAAAAUCUCCUCGCAAGAUUGACGUGAUCUUUCUGAGUCCUCCGUGGGGAGGACCCGGAUAUCUGCAAGGUGACACGCGUCCAGCUUCCCCCGUGAAGGCUACUAGUGUGGGCGAAGAAAAUGUUCACCCUAGCUACUCUCUGGCUUUCAUUCAGCCAAUAGAUGGGACGGAACUAUUCAAUCUUUCCAGGAAAAUCACUCGAAACAUAGCAUACUACCUUCCGCGAAACACAAGUGUGCAGGAGAUUGCAGGAUUGAUCACGGAAAAGACAGAGCCGCAGGAGAUGGUUGAGAUCGAAGAGGCCUGGAUGAGUAACAAGCUCAAAGCGUUGACGUGCUAUUUUGGUGGUCUGGCGGACGGUCAAUUCGAGUUGUUCGAUCUCUAGGUAAAUUAUCAGAUUCAGAUGGUAGACUAAUUAUACAAUUGUGAAUACAACCAUCACUCGACAAAGGCACGAUGUCCAAUGCCCUAUGUCCAACUCUCCCGUUUGCCAGCCAAAGCUGACGUAUGUGGGAGGUGAUUCGUCAAAAUGGCCACGACGUCCGACUUGGUCAGCAUUCCCGUCAACUUUCCUCGAGUGGUGAACAUAAUCUGACGCAGAUUCUGCGAAGCUUGAUCAGCCAAAGGCGAAGAAGCACCGUCAAAACAAACCAGCUUCUGAAACAUGCUGAUCACAAGCUCUUUAGGCACUUCCUUGCGAAGCUGCAGCACAGACUCCUCAAGAACAUCGACGAGAUUGACUUGGGUGCUGUUAUCGACAAAGUCGCGCUUCAAGAAAACACAUCGUCUGGGUUGAUCGGAACCGGUCCCAUCACCGGUUACUGCUUCCAAAGCCGUCGCGAGUCUAUCCCGAGUCACAAAGCCCAGAUACUCCUGCCGGUGAACAACCGGAAAACCGUGGAAUUCGUGAUCCUUCAGCAUGGUCUCUUGAUUCAGUGUCAACGAAUAUCGGAGAGGAUGAGGAAGGCCAAGCAGAUACCUAGAUCUGACACUGUCUCUCUGUCGUUUUCGAUGACCACCAGACGCUCGACCGGACGCAUGAUUUGAGAGGCGAUCUCACCCUUGUCCUGGAAGUGGACCGGAGGGAGCCAGGGAUAGCCUCUCAUCGCGAUCCAUACGGCGUAGAUUCCGCCAUCCUUCCCCAUAGCAUCUCCGACCCAUUUCGCCGUCAUGACACUGAUCAUAAUGGGCAACACGUGGGAUAGAGCGCCUGUGAGCUACCGAACUUCAAUGGCACGAAAAGGA